AUGGCUUCCCGAUCCCCGUCGCUGGGCGCUUCGACGCACCCGCUCACGACUACGCUUCUCGUGCCUAGCAUCCAUUGCCCGACGUGUGCGUCGUUCAUCGAGACGCUGAUCAAGCAGAUCGACGCAGAGGCGCUCGUUGAGGUAUCCAUCAUCUCGCACAGGGUGACAAUCCGACAUGGGCCGCGUGCCGCCGUGGCCAAGAUGGUGCGCGCGCUGGGCGAGUCGGGCUACGAGGUGCACACCGUCGCGGCAGACCCCGAGUCCCAGGCGACGGUGCAGUCGUACGGCAAGGCGGCCGCGGCCGACGACGACUUUGUCAUCGGCGGCUGGUUCAGCCAGUCCGCGAGGCCGUGGAAUCUAGGGGGCUGGCUGGGGCAGAAGCGAGCCAGGAGGCGUCACAUGGACAACUGCAGAGAGUGUCGCGUCAAGAAAAAGGCUUCCGCGGCUGGGACUGCGUCGGAUGCCUCGCAUGGCGGCGACGAACCGCGGUCCGAGGACGGGGCGUCCCGAGGGCCCGUCGUCGUCGUGGACUCGGCAGCUUCCGCUCCGCCGCAGAUAUAUCAGGCGACCGUCACCGUGGACGGAAUGAGCUGCAGUUCGUGCGUUGGCAGGAUCACGGAGUCGCUCAUGUCGCAGACCUGGGUCGAGGCCGCCGACGUCGGCUUGAUGACCCGGACGGCUGUGGUGCGCUUCCGCGGCGCCGACAAGCAGCAAGACAUUGUUGAGCUUAUCGAGAGCGCCGGCUACGACGCCAAGGUCGAGCAGGUCGAGAAGCUGGCGGCGUCGUCGCCCAAGGACCGGGAUGGCUCGUCAGACCUGUGGCGUGCCGAGCUUUCCAUCGGCGGCAUGACGUGCAGCUCGUGCGUAGGAAAAAUCACCACGGCCGUCGAGGGCCUCGCAUGGACGAGGACGGUCGAUGUCAACUUGCUCUCCAGCAGCGCCGUCGUGACGUUCGAGGGAAGGGCGCACCUGGGCGAGGUGAUGGCCGCGAUUGCCGAUGCCGGCUACGAUGCCAGCCUCGGCGACUUGGUCAACACGGGUCGAGGCGAGGCGCGCGGCGGCCGGCGGAGCGUCCAGAUCCUCAUCGGCGACAUGUACUGCGAGCAUUGCCCUGCCCGGGCCGUCGCCGCCGUCGCCGCCGUGCCUCGGGACGUGGACGUCGACGAGGCGCCGACCUUGUCGAACCCCAUCAUGAGCGUCUCGUAUACUCCCGAGGCUCCCGGGUUCACCGUGAGAACCAUCCUCGCCGCCAUAGCCGAGGCGGACGCGGCAUUCCGCCCAACCAUUUACCACCCUCCCACGGUAGAGGAGCGCGCCAGGCAGAUGCACGCGCGAAGCCGCAGGCGAAUCCUCUACCGUCUGCUGCUGUCCGUCGCGGCGGCUAUUCCUGCCCUGAUCAUAGGGGUCGUGUACCUGAUGCUGGUUCCGGAAAACAACCCGAGCCGGGUGUACUUGGCGGAAAAGCUCAACGGCGUGUCGCGGGCAGAGUGGUCUCUCCUCGUCAUCGCGACUCCAGUCUACUUCUUCUGCGCCGACUUGUUCCACCGGCGCGUGAUCAAGGAGAUCUACGCCCUGUGGAGGCCUGGCAGCCCGGUUCCGCUGCUGCGCCGCUUCUACCGCUUCGGCAGCAUGGACAUGCUGGUGUCGUUUGCGACGACGAUUGCGUAUUUCGGGUCCAUUGCCGAGCUCGCCAUCGCGGCGACGCAGGAGGAGGCGACGGCCGGGCCCGAGAGGUCGCCCUACUUCGACUCGGUCAUCUUCCUGACCAUGUUCCUGCUCUCGGGCCGCAUCAUCGAAGCCUACAGCAAGGCAAAGACUGGCGAGGCCGUGACGAAGCUGGGCGACCUGCGGCCCAAGGAGGCCCUCCUGGUGACGCCCUCGGGCGCCGUCGGCCAUGACUCCUCCCGCCCUUCGCGUCGCACCACCACGGUCCCCAUCGACACGCUCGAGGCGGGCGACACCGUGGUCGUCGUGCACGGAGGCUCGCCGCCGUGGGACGGCGUCCUGCUCGACGACGAGGCCGAGUUCGCCGAGGCCAGCCUCACGGGCGAGUCCCGGCCGGUGCGCAAGUCGGCCGGCGACGACAUCUACUCGGGCACCAUCAACAAGGGCGCGCCCGUGACGAUGCGCAUCCACGGCGCUGCCGGCGACUCGCUCCUCGACAGCAUCAUCCGCGUCGUCCGCCAGGGCCAGUCCAAGCGCGCCCCCAUCGAGCGUCUCGCCGACAUCAUCACCGGCUACUUCGUGCCCUUUGUCACCCUCGUCGCCAUCGUCGCCUGGCUGACCUGGCUCGGCCUCGGCCUCUCGGGCCGGCUCCCCGCCGACUACAUGGACGCCAGGGCCGGCGGCUGGCCCUUCUGGUCCCUGCAGUUCGCCAUUGCCAUCUUCGUCAUCGCGUGCCCCUGCGGCAUGGGGCUCGCCGCCCCGACGGCCCUCUUUGUCGGCGGCGGCCUGGCUGCCCAGCACGGCAUCCUCGCAAAGGGCGGCGGCGAGGCCUUCCAGGAGGCCAGCAGCAUCGACAUUGUCGUCUUCGACAAGACGGGCACCCUCACCGAGGGCGGCGAGCUGAAACUCACCGAUCAACUCUUCGACGACGCCGCCGGCGCGUGGCGAGGGGACAAGCUCCUCGCCAGCCUCGGAGAGACGGAGCGCAACAGCAGCCACCCCAUCGGAAAGGCCUUUGUUUCCUACUGCGACGAAAGAGACCUGCACGGCCCGGCGCCCAAGGAGGUCCAGGAGCUGCCGGGCAAGGGCAUGCGCGCCCUCGUCUCCUCUGACGACGACGCGUCGCCCCCGACGGAGCUGAUUGUCGGCAACGAGACGCUCAUGGCCGACUACGGCGUCGUGUUCGGCGCCGCCGUCGCGUCGGCCCUCGAGUCCUGGAAGGACCAGGCCAAGUCUGUCGUGCUCGUGGCGACGAGAGACGUCGGCUCGCCCGACUGGACGCCGGCCGCGGCGUUUGCGACGUCGGACCCCGUGCGCGCCGAGUCUCGGCCCGUCAUCGAGGCCCUGCGCGCGCGUGGCGUCGACGUGUGGAUGAUCUCGGGCGACAACCCCCGCACGGCGCGGGCCGUCGGCGCCAUGGUCUCCAUCGCCCCGGACCACAUCAUCGCCGGCGUCCUCCCCGAGCAAAAGGCCGACAAGGUCAAGUAUCUCCAGGGCAGCCUGCCGGGGCGGCGGCGCGGCGCGCUCCCCUUCGGCCUCGGUGGCGGCGCCGAGACGCGAGCCGUCGUGGCCAUGGUCGGCGACGGCGUCAACGACUCGCCCGCGCUGACGGCCGCCGAUGUCGGCAUCGCUAUCGGCGCCGGCUCCGACGUCGCCAUCUCGGCGGCCGACUUUGUCCUGAUCAAGUCCGACCUCGGCUCGCUGUUGACGCUGGUCGAGCUCAGCCGGGCCGUCUUUCGCCGCGUCAAGUUCAACUUUGCCUGGGCUAGUGUCUACAACCUGGUCGCGCUUCCCAUAGCCGCCGGCGUGCUGUAUCCCAUCAAGACCAACGGGUCGCAUACACGCCUGGAUGCGGUCUGGGCCAGCCUGGCCAUGGCCCUGAGCAGCGUGAGCGUCAUAUGCAGCAGUUUGUUGCUCAGGUCGAGGCUGCCCCUUGUGGGGUUUCGCAGGACUUCCCGGGCUGACAAGUAA